GCUCCCGUUCAGCUCCUCGCACAGCAACAAACGCGCUUUCAGCGACAGGAAGAGUAACGAGACAGCUUGAGCAAGACUUGAACAUGCAGUUUUGUCAGCUCAGCCGUGGCUAAAGUUACGAGUUUGUGGAUAAGACGAUUUAAAAAGAAGAAAAAAACAUUCCCGAGGCAUCCUCAUUUUCCUCCUCAGAUUUUUCCACAACAGAGCAAAGCAACUGUCCCGGACUGUUCACAACACUUUGUAUACGACUUGACCUGUGCCACUGCCUCCUUUCCUGCAGUCACUUUCUGAAUGGGUCCCACAGUAGUGACUACAUUUACAGUUUUGUAAACAGCCCUGAUAAGAUGCCAGAACGGCUGGGCUUAGCUUCCUUCAGAGUCUGGGAGAACAGAGAGGCGACGAGAAGAAUGACGAGUUCCUGAGAUGCUCAACGGACUCGUACAUGAUUUUCUAAGGCCUCCAGAAGCUGAAGACGGGGUGUCAGUGACAGCACGAGUGACCUCUCUGAGCUGCCACCAUGGCCCUGGUUCAGCCUCUACCCGUAUCUGCUGAGCCCCACACCCCAGGCCUCAGUGGAGGAGCUCGCAGACGACACCCUUCUGCCCCUUCACCCCCCAUCAACGCGCCACUGGCCACUCUGGAUCCUAUGGGUUCUGUCGGUAGCCUCAUCACCACCCACCCUGGUCCCUACCAGGACCAUCGCCCAAUUGUUGAGCUGGGAGCCAGAGUCCGACGGCCCACACCAGGAGUUUCCUGCGUGGACUCAGAGUCGCCCCAACAGGAUCUGUUACUGCAAAGCAUUCCCCCAGUCAAGAAACAGAGCUCCACGACGUCCAGCAGAGGGCUGGAGAAGGAGACUGGGAAUGGGAACUACACAUAUCUGAAUGAGGACUACAUAGGUGACUGGAAUGACAAUCAUGUGACACCCGGCAGCCCAGGAAGUGAACUAGAUGAGAUCAAAGAAGGAUUAAAUGGAAAUAUUGGAGGACCUCCUCCUAAACUGAUCCCAGUGUCAGGAAAACUUGAGAAGAACAUGGAGAAAACAGUGCUGCGGCCCACUGCCUUCAAACCCGUCAUUCCCAAGAGCCGCUCCUCGAUGCAGUAUCUCUCGCCUCGCCAUUGUGCCAAUGCACCAGAAAGCCAAAACAACCUGAACCUGCUCAGCCCCACCCACAGAGAUGUGUCGCCCUCCUGCUCUGAGAAGCGUAGCUCCUAUAGUGGUGGGCGUAACGCCGCUGGUGGUAACAGCCAGUCUUGCUCAUUAUCAGACUCUGGACGCAACUCCCUCGCCAGCCUGCCGCCUUACAGUGCUGCCAGCUACAACCUGCCGCCGGGGGAGGCUUCCGCCGGCCACCUAGAGCCCAUGAAGAGCGCUCCGCCAGUGACUGUACAUGGACACUCCAACUCAGACAGCGGGCGAUCCUCCUCCAGUAAGAGCACAGGCUCUGGGUCGAUAAGUGGGCGGGGGCAGCCUCUGUCUGACAGCGGGUCCGGUGGGCGUUCUCCUGGCCCCGUGGAAGGCUAUGAGGGGGUGGUAAGGGAUCUAGAGGACAAACUGAGGGAGAGAGAGCUGGAGCUGCAGCAACUCAGAGACAAUCUGGAUGAGAAUGAAGCUGCAAUAUGUCAGGUUUAUGAGGAGAAGCAGAAGCGCUUUGAGCUGGAGCUGGAGGAGCUGAGGCAGGGCUGUGCCACCAGGAUGCAGGUUGCCUCUCAGAAAGCCCAGCGUGCACAGCAGGUGCUUCAGCUGCAGGUUUUCCAGCUCCAGCAGGAGAAGAAGAAGCUGCAGGAGGACUUUGCUCAGCUUCUGAAGGAGAGGGAGCAGCUCGAGGAGCGCUGCACCUCGUAUGAGCAUGAGAAGAUCCAGCUGGGCCCUCGACUCGAGGAGACCAAGUGGGAGGUCUGUCAGAAAUCGGGGGAAAUCUCGUUGCUGAAGCAGCAGUUGAAGGAAGUGCAGAGUGAGUUAGCUCAGCGUGUGGGGGAGAUCGUCUCACUGCGGGGUCAACUCAGGGAGACUCGUGGCGAGCUGACCAACACCCAGGUGCUGCUCCAGGAGGCCCACGGCACCAUCCGAACUCGAACCCUGGAGCUGGAGGUGUGUGAAAAUGAGCUUCAGCGUCGCAAGAGCGAAGCGGAGCUACUUAGAGAAAAGGUAGGACGCCUGGAGGGGGAAAUGGCUCAUCUCCGAGAUGCGCUGGCCAAUCAAGGCCCGGGAAACAGACAGUGUCAGGUGUUUCAGGAAGCCGAGGAGCAGCUGCUCGCCUACGAGAGCGACGAAGCGAAGGCUCAGCGGCAGAGCAACACCGAGGCGCUGCAGAGCAUGAAGGUGCAGAUGGACAGGAUGAGAUCUGAGUUAGCUUUUGAGCGUCAAAAAGCUGAGCAGCAACUGGGAAGCUUUGAGGAGGAGCGCAAGAUAUGGCAGGAGGAAAAGGACAAAGUAAUUCGCUACCAGAAGCAGCUGCAGCAGAACUAUGUGCAGAUGUAUCGCAGGAACCGAGAGCUGGAGCAGCUCCUGCAGGAGCUCAGUCUGGAACUGGAGAGCAGAGAUGAUGACGAGGGCAGCGGCAAUGAGAUCAACUUUGAUGAAAUUGCCGCAACAGAAAUUUGACCCUCGUAUCUGUCCUUUGAUUGUGUUUUCAUGUUUUUGUUUUAAAUUUUGCACUACUGUCAGCUAAUUGUUUUUCCUCCUUCAUGUUCAGACAAGCAUAAAAGUACCUAAAAUGUAAAAAAAUGUGGUGUGUUAAACCGGCACUGCUUGAAUUCUACUUCAUUGGUCUGGUCUACAAGUCUCACUUUAAAGCCACUGACCUUUAAUUAGUUGUUAGCCCUCCACCUCACUCCUUUGCCCUUCUAUUAAUGUCUGUUAGUAUUAACACCGACCAGAUAUAAGCAUAUGAGCCCUGGUCCUCUCACACUUUUCAAAGUUCGUGGGAGAUGUUGUUUGUGGGUGACUCACUUCUCUCAUUCUCUCAACCUUUCGCUAUCCUCCCCCUGUGUUGGUUAUGACUCCACCUUCCCUGCUGGCUUUAGCACUCCCACUCUGUGUUAGUAGUCAGCUCUCAUUAGUGCAGUUCAUUUGGACGGAGCCCACGCUGUUGUCAGCGAACGUGGGAUACCACACAAUCAGGAUGUCAUGGUAAGAGUGAGUGAAUCAGAGCCUGGUGCUAAUCGCUGACAGGUCUAUCUUGUUGUUUUCCUCAGAACUAGUCAGGCUUUUAUGCAAACUGCUUCAUGACCAACAAGUAAACUGUAAAUCGUUCUCUACUUCAUUUUCACUGUAGCAACAAAAACAAAACUCUAGUUUUUUUUGUUGCCCAAAUAUGAUGUUUCUGGACCUGUAAUGAUCUCGGAAAACAAACUUAAGGCUUCCUAAAAAUGCACUCUGAUAGUUUGAAAAUGCAAAGUGGAGUAUUAUUCUUUAUUUAUUUUAUUUUAUUUUUUCAUAUUUAUACUAUUACAAGGUGGAUCCUCCUAUUAAAAAUGGCCAAUUUAAAAAAAUAUU